AGAGAGAGUAAAUAACAAUAAAAAGAGACUCAUAAAAAAAACAAUUCUCUCUUCCAAGAACCAAACCAUGUCUAAUAACAACAACGAAGGAGUUAUGAUCUCUAACGGAUCUAUAACCGAACACCAAAGCCAACAACAACAACAACAGCAGAAACAACAAUCUUCCAACGGAGGAGCUCUUGUCGUGAAGAAACCUCCCGCGAAAGACCGACACAGCAAAGUCGACGGAAGAGGGAGACGGAUCCGUAUGCCAAUCAUCUGCGCAGCUCGCGUCUUCCAGCUAACGAGAGAGCUCGGACACAAAUCAGACGGACAAACAAUCGAGUGGCUACUCCGUCAAGCCGAGCCUUCAAUCAUCGCCGCGACGGGAACCGGCACAACUCCGGCGAGUUUCUCCACCGCGUCGGUCUCACUCCGAGGAAGCUCCACCACUUCCACAAACUGCGUUUUAUCCUCGUCGUUGGAUCAUAAACCCUUGUCCUCGCCGUUUAUACUCGGAAAGCGCCUGAGAGGGGAGGAGGAUAGUAAAGAGGAGACGAUGGGCUCUUUUGCUGCUCCGGGUGGGUUCUGGGCGGUUCCUGCGAGGCCGGAUUUCGGACAGGUCUGGAGCUUUGCCUCUCAUCAAGAGAUGUUCUUGCAACAGCAGCAGCAGCAGCAACAAGCAGGUGCUGCACUUUUUGUUCACCAGCAGCAACAGCAACAAGCAGCAAUGGGUGAAGCUUCGGCUGCUAGAGUUGGGAACUAUCUUCCGGGUCAUCUUAAUUUGCUUGCUUCUUUAUCUGGUGGAGCUCCCGGGUCGGGUCGGAGAGAGGAUGAAAGUUAAGCUCUCUUUUUUUUUUUCUUUUUUAGUUUGGUAUAUAAGUAUUUUAUUUAAUCUCUGUUUUUCUCUAUUGUCAUCGAUCAGUCUCCUGCAUUGUUUUACUCGAGUGGCUUCUCUAUUUGUGUGUGUUUUUAGAGAUUUGUUGCUUGAUUCCAUGAGUGAUUUAGUGUUUUUAAGUUAAAGAUUAGGGUUAGGGUUUAAGAACCUGGUCUUAAAAGAGUGUGUCAGAGGUUUUUGUGGAAGAUCGAUAUAUCAUCGGAACCAAGAUUUUAAUUUAAGUACCUUCAUGUAGGGUAAAGAAGAAACCGUGGAGGUUUUUUUUUGGACCCCUUCUGUUCUGGUUUUUUCCGGCGAAACAGAGCCGUCGUUUAAAAUUCCAGAUACUAUUAUUAUUAUAUUGUUUGUUUUUGUUGCUAAUUGUGUGAUGUGUUGCAACAACUGUGGCGAGCAAAUUGCGCAAGCUGUUAACCACAUUAUUAUGGUACUAUUAUCUAAUAAAUGUUCCACACUUAAGUGUUCGUUUGGUUUCUUUCUCUGCAUUUGUUGACAGACGAAAAGCUUUUAUGUGAGUGUGAUAGUCUCGCUGAAAUCGAACUGGAGGAUGAAUAUACUUACUGUUUUUUUUUUUGAACAACAAAUAUACUUACUGUCAUCGCUUUUUUAAUUCAUGGGGUUUCGCGUCUCGAUUUGAAAGCAAGAACAGAGGAUUGAGUUUAAAAAAAAGACAAAGAAGGUCUGUCUGAUGAAAUCUCUUCAACUUUUAUUACCUUCUUGUUUCGUAAGAAUUUAUGUCACGUUAGUCAGAUAAAAGAUUGACUAGUCGUAUGACUCGUAUCUCAGCAGAUUCUC